AUGCUCAAGAUCAAAAAUCUGUUCAAGAAAAAACACUCAGUGCCGGCAGACAACGGUGCGUUUGUGGACCCAGCAUCGGUGGCGACGACGACGACGACGACGACGACUGCAAUCCAGCAGCCGCAACAACAAAAUCUGCUAAGCCCCGAAACCCUCGACGGUGGUGUCACGCCCGUGAUGGACUCUCUGGACGCUCUCAAGGGCGACUCUGAAGCUAUAGAGGCCUCCCAGUUGUCCAACUCGGAUGCCACAACCAACGCCUUCAGCUACGAUCAGUCCGCACUCAACGAUCGCAGUGACACCCGUGUCCCGGGCGUCACCUACUCCGACACCACUGCAGCCACUGACCCUAGUGCUGCUGCUCUAGCGGCAGCAGCAGCGGGGGAAGCUGCAGAUAUCAUCUCACUCGACGCUGAGAGCUCUGCCGGCUCCAGCUACGACGAGGAUCCAGAAGAAAUCUUUCCAGAGCAAACUGAGCUGGAGGACUUCAAACUCAUCGCCAAGAUAGGCGAAGGCGCUUUCUCCAAAGUUUUCCGCGCCAUACCGGAACCACACGCAGCCAACAGCUUUUUGUACCGUUCUUUCCACCAUGUGGCCGUCAAAGUCAUCAGCAAACACGAUCUCAACUCUUCACACAAGGACUCCAAGAGCAAAGCAACUUCCAAAGAACAAGUGCUCAAGGAGGUGGCCAUUCACAGAAACGUGUCUGCCAGCGAAAAUGUGGUUGCGUUUGUAGACUUCCACGAAUCUGAACACUACUACUUUAUCGUCCAGGAACUUUUGGCCGGCGGAGAGAUUUUCGGCGAGAUUGUUCGACUCACGUAUUUCAGCGAAGACUUGUCUCGUCAUGUCAUUCGCCAAUUGGCUCUGGCCGUCAAGCACAUGCACGCCUUAGGCAUAGUGCAUAGAGACAUCAAGCCCGAAAAUCUACUAUUUGAACCGGUCGAAUUUGAGCCUUCGCCGACACCUGUGCUGCGCAAAUCCGAUGAUCCUAAAACCAAACAAGAUGAAGGUGUCUUCAAACCAGGUAUUGGAGGUGGUGGAAUAGGUGUUGUGAAAUUGGCCGAUUUUGGUUUAUCCAAACAAAUCUAUUCUACAAAUACCAAAACUCCCUGCGGGACAGUGGGAUACACCGCUCCGGAAGUGGUGAAAGACGAACGUUACUCCAUGAAGGUUGAUAUGUGGGGAAUCGGUUGUGUGUUAUACACCGUGUUAUGUGGAUUUCCGCCAUUUUACGAUGAAAAAGUCGACAUUUUAACAGAAAAGAUCUCCAAAGGCGAAUUCACAUUUCUGCGGCCUUGGUGGGAUGAAAUAAGUGACGGUGCCAAAAACGCUGUUAAAAAACUGCUGGAAGUGAACCCUGCCAAACGUUACGAUAUCGAUGAAUUUUUGGCAGACCCUUGGUUAAACCAGUACGAUUGCACCAAACACUUGGGCCUGAAAAAACACAAGAACGAAUCGACAGAAACCGUGUACACAAUGUCGUCCAAGAAGAAACGUCAUCAUCGCGUCCACGGGUUCAAACGCGAUUCAUCGCUUUUGUACUCUCCCGCUGCGAAUGCCCUACGAGAUGCGUUUGAAGUCACUAAUGCCUUUAAGCGGGAUGAAGAGGCCAAGAGAAGUGGACCUGCCGGCGGCGGUGUGAACUUGGGGCUGUUGAAUGAAGAUGAAGAAAUGGGAUUGGAGGACGAUAUGUUCCAGUUGCGUCUGAAUUCCUCAACAAUCAUUAAGAGACGGCAGCACAAGGAUGAGGGUGUCAAAGUUCCUACUGCUGUCAAGGAGUAG